UUUUGUUCCCCACCCACCCCACUUGGAGGAAAAACCUCUUUACAUUCGGAGGUAAUUGAAUAGGAACGGUGAAGACUGAGCCAGGAAUAAGAGGAAAGCAAUUGUCCUGCUGCUCCUCCUCCUGUCAUUUUUACCAUUUGCCUCCAGACGCCUCUCCAAACCAAGCUCAUCUGUGCCAAGGUGGCAGCAGAAAACCCUGCCCCAGUGCCAGCCAUUGGGAAUCUGCUUAAGCCACCCUGUGCCUCCCAAGCUGCCCUGUUAUCCAGCCACAUCCCUGACCACUGGGACCGCUUCUGAUGGCUGUGGCCUCCGCUGCCCCAGGGAGCGUCUUCUGUAAGCAGCUCCUUUUCUCUCUCCUGGUUUUAAUAUUAUUUUGCGAUGCUUGUCAGAAAAUAUCUCUUCAAGUUCCUUCUCAUCUUCCGGCUGAAGCACUUGUAGGCAAAGUGAAUCUGAAGGGGUGUCUGCAGUCAGCCAGUCUAAUCCAGUCAAGUGAUCCUGACUUCAGAAUUCAAGAAGAUGGCUCAAUUUACACAACACAUGACCUCAUGUUGUCUUCUGAAAAGAAGAGUUUUUCCAUUUUACUUUCGGACACUCAGAGAGAGGAACAGAAAAAGAUAGCAAUUGUUUUGGAAGCAGGAGGACAGAAGGGUCCUGAGAGACAUCUCGAAGACACAGUCCUCAAGCGAAGCAAGAGGCGAUGGGCGCCUAUUCCAUGUUCGCUGAUGGAGAACUCACUAGGUCCAUUUCCACAGCACGUUCAGCAGGUCCAAUCUGAUGCUGCUCAAAACUACACCAUCUUUUACUCCAUAAGUGGACCAGGAGUCGAUAAAGAGCCCUUCAAUCUUUUCUUCAUAAAUAAAGACACGGGGGAUAUCUUUUGUACACGAAGCAUAGACCGUGAGCAGUAUCAACAGUUUCCUCUCUAUGCCUACGCAACAACUGCUGACGGUUAUGCACCUGAGUACCCACUCCCCUUAUUAUUCAAAGUUGAAGAUGAUAAUGAUAAUGCCCCAUAUUUUGAAAACAAAGUGACUAUCUUUAGUGUGCCUGAGAAUUGCCGAACUGGAACUUCAGUGGGAAAAGUGACUGCCAUAGACCACGAUGAACCUGACACACUACAUACUCGUCUGAAAUAUAAAAUCUUACAGCAGAUUCCAGACCAACCCAAGCAUUUCUCCAUACAUCCAGACACAGGUGUCAUCACCACAACUACACCUUUACUGGAUAGAGAAAAAUGUGAUACAUACAAGUUAAUAAUGGAAGUGCGAGACAUGGGAGGCCAACCUUUCGGUUUAUUUAACACAGGAACAAUUACUAUUUCACUCGAGGAUGAAAACGACAAUUCACCAUAUUUUACAGAAACCUCUUAUUUUACAGAAGUAGAAGAAAACAGAAUUGAUGUUGAGAUUUUACGAAUGGCGGUACGUGACCAGGAUUUGCCAAACACACCUCACUCAAAGGCCAUAUACAAGAUCCUACAGGGAAAUGAGAAUGGAAACUUCAAAAUUAGCACAGACCCAAAUACAAAUGAAGGAGUUUUGUGUGUUGUCAAGCCAUUGAACUAUGAACUUAAUCGCCAGAUUGUUUUGCAAAUUGGUGUACUUAACGAAGCACAAUUCUCUAAAGCAGCAAAUGCUCAAACACCUACUAUGUGCACAACAACUGUCACUGUUAAAAUUAAAGACUUGGAUGAGGGCCCCGAAUGCCAACCAUCAGUAAAAGUUAUUCAGAGUAAAGAUGGCCUCCCAGAGGGCAAAGAACUCCUUGGAUACAAAGCAGUGGAUCCAGAAAAAGGCAGUAGUGAGGGCUUAAGGUAUAAGAAGAUAGGAGAUGAAGAUAACUGGUUUGAAAUUAAUGAACAUACUGGUAACUUGAAAACCGUAAAAGUGCUAGAUAGAGAAUCAAAAUUUGUGAAAAACAACCAAUACAAUGUUUCCGUGAUUGCAAUGGAUGCAGAUGGCAGAUCUUGCACCGGAACAUUAGUAGUUUUUUUGGAAGAUGAUAAUGAUCACCCACCAGAUAUCAGAGAAAAAGAAGUGACAAUUUGUCGGCAUGAUAAGGAUUUUGCUCUUCUUGAAGCUGUAGAUCUAGAUGGACCUGACAAUGGGCCACCUUUUCAAUUCUUUCUGGAUAAUUCUGCCAGCAAACUUUGGACAAUAGAGACAAAGGAUGGUAAAACUGCCAUUCUUCGUGAGCGGCAAAAUCUUGAUUAUAACACUUAUGCUGUGCCUAUCCAAGUAAAAGAUAGACAUGGUUUUGCGGCAAAACACAUAUUAGCCGUGAGAGUAUGUGACUGUAUCACUUCCUCUGACUGCAAAAUAACUCCUAAAGUUCUAAGAGAUAUUAAGCCAUCAAAUGUAAUUCUUGGAAGAUGGGCUAUUCUUGCCAUGGUGCUGGGUUCUGCAUUAUUGCUGUGUAUUCUGUUUACAUGUUUCUGUGUUACUGCUAAGAAAACAGUAAAGAAAUGUUUUCCAGAAGAUGUAGCCCAGCAAAACUUAAUUGUGUCAAAUACUGAAGGACCUGGAGAAGAAGUGAUGGAAGCAAAUAUGAGACUUCCCACAGAGACAUGCAACAUUUGUGACACAAGCGUGUCUGUUGGCACACUUGGUGGCCAGGGAGUCAAAACACAACAAAGUUUUGAGAUGGUCAAAGGCGGCUACACUUUGGAUUCCAGCAAAGGAGGUGGACAUCAGACCUUGGAAUCUGUCAAGGGCCUAGGACAGGGAGGAAUGGACACCGGCAGAUAUGGGUACACGGAGUGGCACAGCUUCACCCAACCUCGGCUUGGCGAAAAGGUGUAUCUGUGCGGACAAGAUGAGGAACACAAACAUUCUGAAGACUACGUUCGCUCCUACAACUAUGAAGGAAAAGGGUCUGUGGCUGGCUCAGUAGGCUGCUGCAGUGAUCGGCAGGAAGAAGAGGGGCUUGAGUUUCUAGAUCACCUGGAACCCAAAUUUAGGAUGCUAGCAAAGACCUGUGUAAAAAAAUAAAUGUGCCUUUAAGAGAUUUACAUCUAC